UGACGCCGCAAUAUCGAUCUAUCUACGCUCCGCUACAGGACAGACAGGCUACAACCAUGUCGUACUACUUCACUAUCCUCUCUCCCACCGACGCUCCGCUGUUCAACAUCGCCUUUGGCACGUCGAAAAGCGGCGGCGAUGGCAUUGCCCGCUUCCGCUUCCCUGACACCGCGCAGUACAUGAACCAGUUUAUUAUCCACUCUAGUUUGGAUAUUGUUGAGGAGGCGCAGUGGAUGAAUGGGAAUAUGUACCUCAAACACAUCGACACCUACCCACCCGCAGCAGCAUUCAUCUCCGCCUUCCUGGCCCCCUCCGGCGCGCGCUUCCUCCUCCUCCACCAACCCCCGCAACUCCCAACAGCCGGCUCCGCCGCGGCAGCAUCAACAGGAGCACCCGGAGCAGCCGCCCCUGGCACCGGCAGCGUCAGCAGCAGCAGCGGGGCGUCGUCGCUGCUGGGCUCCUCCUUCGCGGCGACGGCGUCCUCCUCGCGCACCUCGUCGAGCUCCAUCGCGGCCAACCCGACCUCCCCGCAGACGGAGGAGGCGGUGCGCCAGUUUAUGAGUGAGGUUUAUGAGAAUUAUGUGAAGACUGUUAUGAGCCCGUUUUAUAGGCAGGGGAUGGAGAUUCGGAGUCCUGUUUUUAGGGGGAGGGUGAAUGCUGCGGGGAAGAAAUGGCUGUAAUCGUUUUUUCCCCCCUUUUUUUUCUUUUGGGAUGUACUGAUUGUGAGUGGUUUGUGUUUGUGGUUUGUGG